AUGUCGCUUGAUGACGACUCUGAUUUUGGGUGUGAGGAGGACAUCUUGGAGUCAAAUGGUGAUAAAUCAAUGAGUGACAACAUUUUUGACAAUCUCCCAACACUUGCAGCCCCCAAACCUACUAACCCAGCCUCUGAACUCGACCACUACCUUAGUAUGGACAUGGAACAUGUCACCAAUUGUUCCCCCGCCUGUCACGCAUGGCCAUUGACUAUCUUACUAUCCCUGGUGUGUGGCUUUUUAAAAAUACAUCGUAAACUUACUUUGGCUAUAGCAACUUCUGUAGAUGUUGAACGUCUCUUCAGCCGCGUGCAUCUCAUCCUGUCACACGUCCGAAAUCAUUUAUCAGCUCAAUCAACGCAUGCUUUGCUUUGUGUCGGUUUAUGGAGUGAAUUGGGCCUGGUCGAUUCGAAGGAUAUCAUUCACGCAUCUAAGCUCCUGGAUGUCAUUGGGGAAGAGGAAGCAUUGGAUGAGGGUUGGGACAGCAUCCAGGACAAGGUCCAUCCCGACAAUUUCCGCCUUAACGGGUGGUCCUUGCUCUAUCAACCCGGAUUCCUGACAAAUUUCCACCAUGACUUGGAUGGAGGAGUCACCUUUGUACAGUCGGUACUGGGCAAAAAAAAUGGAUUCCGGCCUUCCUCAGAAAUCCAAACAUUUCAUGCACUAAAUUCACCUGAGCUUUCCUUACCAAUGACAAACCUUCUCACCAACCAUGCAGAGAUUGAGGCCAACUGGUACAUGGAGGUGGUCACUCUUCAGGGGGGGGAUUUAUUUGAGCUAUCCUGGAUUGUUGACGUGAAGAAGGGACAUUUCCUCACCAAUCAAGUUCAUGAACACUCCCUGGAAACGCUGGAGCGAAUGGUCAUUUAUCUUCCACGGGCAGUCUUGCCAUACCAGCCUCUCAUCGCUCUAUGCACUAUGGUCAUAGAUUCUCAUAAAUAUGUGGCUGUUGGUGCCAACAAGAACAAAACGCUAAGGAACACCACCAAGCCGGCACUUGCGAUUUCCAGGGCGAUCAUAAAAUAUUUCUGGAAGGACUUGGAGACAACAAAUGUUUUGCACAGCCGCAUCGGCUGUUCCUGCAUACCCGAACUUAUUCUUGCACGUCCGGACCAUUCCCGCGCAUUCUGA